AUGGGGGUGUUUCUCGAAGUUAUUAAACCGUUUUGCAGUAUUCUUCCCGAAGUAACGAAGCCAGAAAGGAAAGUUUCCUUUCGUGAGAAAAUGUUAUGGACAAUAAUAACACUUUUUAUUUAUCUUGUUUGCUGUCAGAUUCCUCUAUUUGGAAUAAUGAGUUCAGAUUCUGCAGAUCCUUUCUAUUGGACACGUGUAAUUUUAGCUUCAAAUAGAGGGACAUUAAUGGAACUUGGCAUUUCACCAAUAGUAACUUCUGGUAUGAUUUUACAAGUUCUGGAGGGAACGAAGAUAAUUGAGGUAGGAGAUAUACCACGAGAUAGGGCGAUUUUUAAUGGUGCACAGAAGCUUCUUGGUUUAAUAAUAACUAGUUGCCAGGCGGUUGUCUAUGUUUUAUCUGGUAUGUAUGGCGAUCCAAGUGAAAUGGGUACUGGUGUAUGUUUGAUUAUAAUAAUUCAGCUAGUGAUAGCAGGAAUGGUAGUAAUUUUGUUUGAUGAACUUCUACAGAAAGGCUAUGGUGUGGGAUCAGGCAUAUCUCUGUUUAUUGCGACGAACAUUUGUGAAACUGUUACGUGGAAAGCUUUCAGCCCGACGACUGUAAACACAGGACGUGGUACGGAGUUUGAGGGAGCUGUCGUCGCCCUGUUCCAUUUACUUUCAACUCGCAAGGACAAAAUUCGGGCCGUGAGGGAGGCCUUUUAUAGACACAACUUGCCAAAUCUUAUGAACCUAUUGGCCACGAUUCUCGUUUUCGCGAUUGUAAUUUAUUUUCAGGGCUUCCGUGUUAAUCUCCCAAUUAAAUCGGCUCGCUUUCGCGGACAAUAUAGCACGUACCCCAUUAAACUGUUCUACACGUCCAACAUGCCAAUCAUGCUGCAGUCGGCGCUGGUGUCCAACGUCUAUUUCAUAUCGCAAAUGCUCGCUUCCAAGUUUGGCGGAAGCCUUUUUGUCGACAUUCUGGGAGUCUGGGAAGAAGUAGAGCCGACCCGGUCCAGCCCAGUAGGUGGCCUGUGCUACUACUUAUCGCCGCCAGAAACGUACGAACACGUCCUACAAGACCCGAUGCACGCGCUGCUGUACCUGUGCUUCAUGCUGGGCUCGUGCGCCUUCUUCUCGAAGGCGUGGCUGAGCGUGUCCGGGUCGUCGGCUCGCGACGUGGCGCGGCGGCUGCGCGAGCAGCGGAUGGUGAUGCCGGGACACCGCGACGGGUCGCUGGUGCGCGAGCUCGACCGCUACAUCUCGACGGCCGCCGCCUUCGGGGGCGUCUGCAUAGGCGCGCUCUCCGUGCUCGCCGACGUGCUGGGCGCCAUCGGCUCGGGCACCGGCAUCUUGCUCGCCGUCACCAUCAUCUACGAGUACUUCGAGAUAUUCGUGCGCGAGCAGGGCUCCCCUGGCUCCGUCGGCCUUCUCUUCUGAGACGGACCUGGAAGACUGGCCUGUGGUCGGACGUUCGAGUCGGCAGAUCCUUUGUGGAAAGUUGCACUGCAAAGUACGAUACGAAGAACACGGACUAGUGAUGAGUAUGAAUAUGAGUGCAUUGUCAAAUAGUGCUCGCUGAGGAGCGCUGUGCCAAUAUGUUGUAUCUGACACAGACCCUUCCUCGUACGCACUGGAAAUUUCCAGAGGCUGUUUUGG